AUGUUUUUCCCUUCAAAACUCGCUGUCAGUUGGCCAGCUCCGCCAGGACUGUGGCUCUUGGGUUUGCAUCAAACUGCAUUGCCAAGUCAGCUGGGUCAAGCUGCACAGGUGGCGGUGCAACCGCCAGUGCUGGAGGUUCCCAAGGCGCCGCCCAAACUGCCCAGAGCCCCGAAAGCGCCGAAACGGCUCCACUGGGCGCCGCUGCCUUCCCCGGAGCAGGUGUGGGCCCACUCCUGUGUCUCCAAGAAGAAGUUGGAGACUGCGCUGCAGGACCCCACGGUCACGGCCAUCGAGGUGGAUGUGGCCAUGGGCUACUUCACAGGAAGUGGCGAUGAGGUGGUUCCUGUGAUGGCUCAUCCGCCAAUCCUCACGUCAGAUCUCACCUUUGAGGAUUUCCUGGAGGAGCUCAUCCGGGAUGGCCGGCGUCACGUGAAGUUCGACUUCAAGGACUUGGAAGCGGUGCGGCGCUGCCUCCCGCUGUUGGCGCAGCACAGUGGCGAGCUGGCCGCCAACGGACAGGCCGUUUGGCUGAAUGCCGACGUGCUGCCGGGCCCGGGGCUCCGGCGCUGGAGCGGCGGCGUCCUGAACGCCGAGGAGUUUCUGAGGACCGCGGAGGAGCAGUGCCCAGGUGCCCAUUUGAGCCUUGGUUGGAAGGCCAACCCUGUUGGCUCCGAGGCCUACAACGAGGCCGACUGCCGGGCCAUGGCCGAUCUCUGCAGGCACCACGCCAAGCAGAACGUGGUCUUCGCCGUCGCAGCACGCACCGCGGCGAAGAACUUUGAGCCGCUGGCUGCGUUGCUGGCGCAGGUGCCUGGCAGCCAGCUGCUCUUCUGGACGGGCGCCUGGGAGCCGCCACUGCUGCAGACCACGCUGCGCACGUUGCACCGUCAGCUGCAGCAGCACGACGUGCUGCAGCGCUGUGGCUUCGAUUGUAAAGUGCUGGAGCCAAGGCACGUCUACAGUUUUAUGACUUCCAUCAUCACCUUGCUGGCUGACACGGGCAAUGCCUUGCUCCGCUCCAUGUUCGCCCCGCGGCCAUCUUGCUGA